UAAAUACUUCCUCUGAGGCGUGUCUGACACACUGGCAGCUUUCACUUCUGCGUCGCUGCUUCACAGAAAACUCCGGCUGGUCCUGCAGAGAUGAGUUUCUACAGCGAUGUUUCUACUGAAGACUCCAGCGAUGAGUUAGAGACUCUGGGGUGGUACCACUAUGACCUGUCACGCCACGCUGCAGAGGCCCUCCUGCUGUCCAACGGGACUGAUGGAAGUUAUCUCCUCAGAAACAGUAACGAAGGCCUGAGCUGCUUCGCCUUAUCAGUCAGGGCAAAGGACUCUGUCAAGCAUUUUCACGUGACACGCAGAGACAACAGCUACGUGUUUGGCUUUAAUGAGUUUGCAACACUUCAGGACUUCGUCAACCACUUUGCAAACCAGCCUCUGCUGGGCAGCGACACAGGAACUCUCAUCGUGCUGAAGUGUCCUUACCCGUGGCGUGUGGAGGAGCCGUCCAUCUACGAGUCUGUACGAGUUCACACGGCGAUACAGACGGGCCGCACAGAAAACGACCUGGUGCCAACUGCACCGUCGCUCGGCACGAAGGAAGGCUAUCUGGUGAAACAGGGAGCCAUAGUGAAGAACUGGAAGCAGAGGUGGUUCACACUCAACAGAUAUGAACUCAAAUAUUUCAAAGAAAAAAUGUGUGAGGAGCCCAUUAAAAUCCUGGAUCUAAGAUCCUGUUCAGCAGUCCAGUUUGAUUAUUCUCAGGACAGAGUCAACUGUUUCUGCCUGGUGUUUCCUGAGAGGACGUUUUAUCUCUGUGCAAAGACGGGGGUGGAGGCGGACGAGUGGAUCAAGAUCCUGAGGUGGAAACUGUCACAGAUCAGAAAAGGUCGAUGACUGCUGGAGAUGGACAGCUCCACCUUUCCAGACGACAUGACCUGAGCUGGACCAACAGCGAAGAGGAGCGGCGGUCAGCAGUGAAGACCAAACACGCAGAAACUACACUCCCACUCUUUUCUCUGAGUGCUGACUGAAGGCAGACAGCUCAGAUGUGAUGCCACUGUUUUCCUUUGACAUUAUUUAUUAGGUAUUGUCACAAAAAUAAAUGCUAUUAUUCAUUUUUAUUGCCCAAAACUUGCA